UAAAAAAGAAAAAAAAAAAAACCCUAAACCCUAAACCCCACCUUCUUCCCAAACCGAUUUUUGGCUGUAUUUCUCCCACUCCCGUAUUUGCCUCAGCCGCAGACCCAACCGGCGCACCGCUACUGUUAUUUUCCUCUCUUUCUAUCUCCCUCUCUGCUGCAACUUCGUGCCAUCUCAGUUCCUUCGCAAUGAAGCAGAAAUUCAAAUCCAAGAAGUCGUCUGGCAAGCAGAAGCGUCUAUCCGAAAUUGAAGAAAUUAAGCUCUUGAAUUCAUGGAUUCAAUCCCAGAAACCCGACUCAGGCUCUAACCCGAUGUCGCUUCCUCCACCUCCUGCGGGUGCUCCCCUUGGCCGCAUCGACGCCGAUACUUACUCUUGUUACGCCGGAGCUACUAAGUUUGAUCAGUUGCCGAUUUCGAACAAGACCAAGGAUGGGUUGCGGAAAGCUGAAUUCGUUGAUAUGACGGACAUACAGAGGGCUUCACUGCCUCACGCCCUUUGUGGUCGAGAUAUUCUUGGUGCAGCCAAAACUGGUUCGGGAAAGACGCUAGCUUUUCUCAUACCUGUUCUUGAGAAGUUGUAUAGAGAGAGAUGGGGUCCUGAGGAUGGAGUAGGGAGUAUAAUAAUAUCUCCCACAAGAGAAUUAGGAGCUCAGCUUUUUGAUGUUUUAAAAGCUGUUGGGAAAUUUCAUAAUUUCAGUGCUGGCCUUUUAAUUGGUGGUCGUAAAGAUGUUAACACUGAGAAGGAGCAUGUGAAUGAGUUGAACAUUCUUGUUUGCACUCCCGGUCGACUCCUUCAGCACAUGGACGAGACUCCAAAUUUUGAUUGUUCACAGUUGCAGGUUUUAGUCCUUGAUGAAGCUGAUCGUAUUCUUGAUGUCGGAUUUAAGAAGACUUUAAAUGCGAUUAUUUCACAGCUACCUAAGCACAGACAAACCUUUCUGUUCUCGGCGACUCAAACAAAGUCUGUUCAGGAUCUUGCCAGACUCAGUUUGAAAGAUCCUGAGUACCUUAGUGUUCAUGAAGAAUCUGUGACAGCUACCCCCAAUAGUUUACAACAAACUGCUUUGGUUGUUCCUCUCGAGCAAAAGCUAGACAUGUUAUGGAGCUUUAUAAAGGCACAUCUUAAUUCUAAGAUUCUUGUGUUUCUCUCAAGCUGCAAGCAGGUGAAAUUUGUUUUUGAAACUUUCAAAAAGCUGCGUCCUGGAAUCCCAUUGAAGUGCCUCCAUGGAAGGAUGAAGCAGGACAAAAGGAUGGGGAUAUAUUCUGAGUUCUGUGAGAAGCGGUCAGUCCUCUUCUCAACAGAUGUAGCCUCUAGAGGUCUUGAUUUUAAUAAGGCUGUUGACUGGGUUGUACAGGUUGAUUGCCCAGAAGAUGUGGCUUCUUACAUACAUAGAGUUGGCCGCACUGCUCGGUACCAUUCAGGUGGGAGAUCAGUUUUAUUUCUUAUGCCCUCGGAGAUGAAAAUGCUUGAACAAUUAGAAUCUUCAAAAGUACCUAUUCAGCUUAUCAAGGCAAAUACAAAAAGACUUCAACCAGUUUCUGGUUUGCUGUCAGCUUUGUUAGUCAAGUAUCCCAAUUUUCAGCAACUCGCUCAAAGGGCCUUUAUCACAUAUCUUCGAUCAAUUCAUAUCCAGAAGGAUAAGGAAAUCUUUGAUGUAAUGAAACUAUCAAUUGACGAUUUUUCAGCUUCAAUGGGGCUGCCAAUGACCCCAAAAAUCCGUUUCAUUGAUCAGAAAAAGAGGUCACAGAAGAUGUCGGCUAACACUACCACUUAUCUUGCGUUGGAAUCGUCUGAUAAUGAGAAUGCUUUAAAUCCAUCCGGUGAAGAAUUGGAGUAUGGUGACUUUAAAGAAAGCAACCAAGGACUUCUUCCUCCUACUGAUAUCCCUACUAGUGAAGUUGAAGAUGCUGUGCCACGUACUCGGAUUUUGAAGAAAAAGAAGUUGAAGAUCAAUGUCCACAGACCAUUAGGGACGAGAGUCAGUUUUGAUGACGAGGGCAACCCACUUGCCCCUCUUGCUAAGCUAGCUGACAUCAAAAGUAGCAAUGAGACAUUUGUAGUCGACAAAGAUCUAAAAAAUGAGUUUUACAAAAAGAGGAGGGAAGAGUUGAAACAAGCUGACAAGGAAGACAAACUUCUCAAUCAUAAUCGCCUUAAGGAGAAGCGGAAAGAGAAGAUGAAUAAGAUGAAGAAGAGGGCUGCCAAAGAAAUUGAGGAGGAGGACGACGACGUUUCUGCGUCUGAAGAAGACAGACCUCAGAAAAGGUCCAAGAAAUUUGUCGACAGUGAUAGCGACAUUGACAAUAAAGCGGACUUAAAUACAGAGUCGAUUUCAGUGGCAGAACAAGAGGAGUUGGCUCUCAAAUUACUAAGUACUCUGCGUCCAUGAUUUACAACCAGGUAUUCAUGUUGAAAUGAAAUAUUUUUGACACAAAUGAAAUUAAGGGUAGGUUCUUAGCAUCAUGAAGAACACAUAAUGAAAGGAGAUGCAAAGUAAUUAGUUUUAGACAUUCCAUUUCGAGUUCACAUAUCUUUAUUUUGCAUCUUUAGGGAGGGAGUAAAUUGUGUUGAAACAUUGAGUUGUAGAUGUAGACGUUUGGUUUGUGAUUCUGAAUGAGCUGAGAAAUGGGAGGAGGGUUCCAUAUAUUAUUAUUAUUAUGUUAAUAAAAAAAUUAAUUCUAAAUUAA